AUGCGUGCAAAGGUCUCGCAGAAGCUAAAAGGCCGCGUCCCCUGGAACAAGGGCAAGAAGCUCAGCCCCGAAACCCGCGCACGUAUGUCCGAGGCGCGUUUUGGCCGCACGGCGUGGAAUAAGGGUGCUAGGCUCUCCGCGAAGCAUAAGAACGCCAUUUCGAGGGCCUCGCUCUCCUCGAAUAGGCAGUUUUCCGAGGAGAGUAGGAGGAGGCUGAGGAUGGCAAGACGCCGCCCGGGCGACGGAGUUGUCGGUGGUGUGGGCAUUGGGAGAGCCAAGGUUGGCUCGUAUCCUUUGGUCAAGAGUGAGGAUAUUAAUGAGUACGUUACGUUGAGAAGAGAGCUUAGGAUUUGGUCGGACACAUUUAAGCGAACCAACGAUCGUAGGCCUGGCUUGGCGGAUGUGCGGCGCAUUGCUCCACCCUCGAUUGUCAGAAAGUUUGAAAAAUAUGUCAGGAUGAGGGAUAAGAUUCGCGGCUUGGCGUCUGAUGUUUAUGGCGCUGUCAAUCCGACGGAUGUUCCUGUUGUGAAGGCAGGAGAGGUUGCGGAUGAACCGAUGAAUAAUUCUAAAAGGGUUAUUAUGGUUACGAAGCAUGGCAAUAAGAGGCUCGUGGAGGAGACCAUGGCGAACGAGUUGGGGGGAACCAAGUAUGUGGUCGAGGGGUCGCUGGAGGGUUCUUCGGAUGAUAUGUUUGAUAUGUAUGAUAGGCCAAUUUCCAUGAAGCUUGCACCGGAUGCCAGUUUGUACCCAAGUUUGAUUGGCGCCGAUGAGUUGUCGAGGAAGGGGAAGGAUCAUCUCAGUGCAAAUGAUUAUAGGAUGAUUGGAAAGUAUCGUCUCAUGGAAUCUGUUGAUAUUAAUCGAUAUGUCGGUCUGAGGAAGGAGCUCCAAAGCUGGUCAGAGGAUUUCAAGAAGCGCCAUGGGCGGACUCCAGCGUUGAGUGAUACAAAAGUGGACGGCAAGCCGAUGCUGUACAAAAAAUUUUGUGAAUACUUGGAGAGCCGCGAUAGAAUUAGUGGUCUUGUGCAUGAGGUGUACGGUACGGAUAUGGAUGAUAUGGAAACGCUGGAAAAGAUGAACAAUGAGGGAAAGGUCAUUUUGGACGCCCUGCUUACGGGCAGUCCGUUGCCGCCGCAGCCUAGUGAUGAAGACGACAAUGCGUCAGGGCAACCAAGCAAACAGAAAGCUCCGACAAAGCGAAAAGUGCAGAGAUACAAGGAUGGCAUCAUGGGCGAAGAGGUGUAGAAUGAUAACCGUUAGUAAUGCACACCAUUGAUGGGGGCCAUAUAUGGGCAUGUUAGUAUAAUAUUACGUCAAACAGUAUAAUCAGAUAGUGGCCGCGGAGGUCUGCAGCCGAAUGCUUCGGUUGUAUAUCGGUCUGAAAGCUAGACAGUUUUCGCAGUUGCAGACGUCCACUGCAUAGCGUGUCUGGGUGUUCGUGCAGGUCCGUAAAUAUUUCGUUUCGUUCUCGCAGUUGCACAAG